GCUGUGUUAUGUUCCCGUUAAGACUGGGAAUGGUUUCAGUACUGUGCAGAUCCUGACAUCUCCGUGGAUACUCUAACUGCGGGCAGCCUAUCUGUUCCAGGACUCAAGGGGGGGGUGGGGGGACUUGAACCUUUAACGUUCUUGCUUCACUUUCAGUGUGCAUCCAAGUGGACGCUGCGACCGACGGGAGAUCCAGAGAGUUAGCAACAGAUUUUGUUCUUUAAAAGAAACUUUCUUUCUGGAGGCAUUUGCUCGGUCAGUUCUCCCAGAGCAGCUCUCAUGUGUCCGGGAUUGUUACUGCGGGUCUGGGCUCGAUAAGGGUUGAGUAAGUUGAGCGAAGAUGGAAGGGUCUCCGAAGAGGACACGAGAGACGGUCCGUCCAGCUUGUCGAAGGACCUGUAGUGCAUCUCAGAUCUCCAAGCGUUUGCGACACUGUCCAGACCUCCCCCGGGUCUUUUGCUGCCUCUUGUCAGUUGUGUCUCUGGGGGUUUGCAUUCUGGUACAUUAUAGGACCUCCGAUCUCCAAACCCGCGUCUCGCAUUUGGAGGAAGAGAGGCAGGUUUAUUCAGCUUGGUUCUCAAUGGACCAAAUGGAACCGGCUAUUUUUAACAGAGUGGAUCAGCUAUUGACCGAGAAACUGAAGGCGCAUUUACCCAAGGUGAGAGCGGCUCGUGGUGUUCCUGGCGGCUGCAUGUGUCCUCCAGGGCCACCAGGAGAAAAAGGAAGACAUGGUCGCAGAGGUGUACCAGUCUGGCCCACUUCGGUGAAGUACUGGGAUAAAGAUGUAGAAACCAACCCCCUUCCGAAGGCAGCCAAGUCCUGGGACCGCGGGAUUCAGUUUGGAUAA